AUGGAUGCAGAAGGCGUUAAUGCCCAGCUGGAGCUAAGAGAUGCAUUUGAGGCCCGGGAUUUGGCUAGAUUUCGACGUGCGCUCAAACAGGGUGCCCAGCCGAAUGUCAGCCACGAUGAGUCCGGUCAAGGAAUGAGCAUCUACGAGCAGGCGCUGUCCACUGCGGGCUGUAGCAAAUUCCUAACAGCCUGUCUGCUGGCUGGGUGUGACAUCAACUAUGUGAAUCCGCAGCUUAAAAAGGCGGCUAUUAACUAUGCGUCGGACUCCAAAGAUGCAAGCAAUCUGGGCGCAUUGCUCGAUCGGCACAAGCACAUGGUCAAUGCGGACUAUCUGUAUAAACAGGAGACCGCAUUGCUUAUGCUAGUCAAGCAACUGAACGGGACAGAAUACGAAAAUAUCGUCGAGUGUAUUGAGAAACUGAUAUCUUAUGGAGCCUCGCCUAACAUAGUCGACGCAGAGGGCAAGACGCCCAUGCAGCAUCUGUUACAGAAUACCGAAGUUCACCAGAGUAUACGCAUCGGAUUGGUAUAUGAGUUGCUUUUAAUGCCCAAACUAAACCUAGCCAACUAUGGCGAGGGACUGGAAUAUGUGCUGCAGAACAAACCAAAUGGAAACAGCCCAAUGCUGUACAAGCUGCUGGUGCGGCAGCUCCUGAGCCUUAACGUGGAUGAGCUGCUGCAGGCGAUGGCGCGUUACGAGCAAGAGAUUGACGGCUGGGAUAAAUUAAUUAUGAUCUGCGCGCUGCUCACAGAGUUCCGGAAGAACAGCAACAACAUUGCACUGAAUGCCAUAGAAGCCAUUAUGCCAACGAAUCAGCCGGGGGAGAAUCAAUUUAUAGUCGAGAUCAACAUUGUGGAGGGCGACUGGACAACGGUGCUCUGUCUGCUUAGGCUGGUGCAAAACAAGCGCCUUAAACUGGAAUCGGGUGGCGAGCUGUUGGUUACGCUCAUCAAACAGGAUCCACCAAAGCUCCAGCGCAACAUUUACCAGACCUGCCUACAGCAGCUGUUGCGCAUGGAUCCGAAAAGUUGCAUCAACGUCCCAGACUCGCAUGGGUAUACGCUCCUUCACUAUGCGGUCCAUUGCUGCAAUGAGAUCGCAAUACGUGAGCUACUGCGUCAAGGAGCACCCUUGGGGUUGCGCAAUGACAGGAAGAAGCUGCUGAUUGAGGAUAUAAAGAUGCAGCUGUUGGAGCAGCAUUUCGAUUAUUGCAUCACGAGUCGCGGAAAAAAGCCCAGCCAUGAGAGCUACGAGAUUCUGUUGAACUUUAUGAACUUGACCAAUGAGCAGCACGAGCUGGAUAUGGCGCCCAUUGCGUAUAUCGCAAGCUCCAAGGAGCUGUGCCCGCUGCUGAAGCAUCCGUUGAUCACCUGCUUUUUGCUGCUCAAAUGGCGGAAUCUCUCAAGGAUCUUCCUCACCCACUUCGCAGUCUUCUUGUUCUUUGGAAUCUCUCUGGUCGCGCAUUCUUUGCUCUGCUUUCCACAGCGCAGCACACACGAGCUCUGCAUAGGAUUAUUCUGUGCCAGCUGCAGCUUAUUCAUUCUCUAUAUGGUUAUGGCGGACCUGUUGGCCUAUUUAAUGGUCAGGGAUAUGCCCAGUCCCAUAGACCCGCCGCUUGUGGUGCUGGUCCUGCUCACAUGCCUGGAGUGGUGCGAGCCGCAGACCCAGCGCAUCGUUUCCGUUUUGGCCAUCAUGUUGAUGGCGUGCAAGCUGAUGCUGAUGAUCGGUGCUCUGCCAGUGCCGGGCAUAUCGACGCACAUGCUCAUGUUGCGUCAGGUGUCGCGCAAUUUUCUCGUCAGCUUGGCGCUCUACUCAAUUUUGGUGUUGACCUUUGGCCUUUGCUUUUAUAUUCAAUUUGGUCAGCCGCAACUGGCGCAAUCCGAGGAUCAAUCCGAGCUGUUCCUCACAUUAAGUCAGCUGGGUCGCGGGUUCAUCCAAACCCUGGUCAUGUUUACGGGUCAGUUUGAGUACAAGGACUUUAAUAGCUACUCCGGUUCGUUGGUUUUGCUGCUCUUCAUGUUUAUGUGCAUUGUACUAACCAAUCUCUUAAGCGGCUUGGCUGUCGGCGAUACACAGGCCAUCCGAGCCCAUGUGGAGCUGAAUGCCGCCAUAUGUCGCACAGAUAUACUGAGUCGCUAUGAGGCCGGCUUGAAGCAUGAUUGGAAAUACUGCAAAUGGUUGUGUGGCAUCUUCCACAAGCUAGCAAAAAUUCAAACGAAUGUUUCCUAUGGUUAUCUAUCGAUACUUCCCAAUCAGGACAACAAAGCAUUAGUUUAUGGUCAGCGACAUCGAAAUGAGAGCCUCGAUAAAUUGCCAGAUUCGGAGGACGGUGCCAGUCUACGUUUAUUUAAUCCAGAUCACGAGGAUGGCGACAGCAUUUCGCAAUCUUCAGAGCCGGAUUUUCUUUAUAACAGCCAAGAAGAUAUCGAAAUCGGUCAAAACAAAAAUGAUAAUUGCAUUUAUCCAUUCGAAAUGUCCAGCGAACAGUUCAAAGAAUUGACGAUCGAUCAUACGACUGUGAAGCGGGCUUUGGAAAUUAUACAAUGCAAAUGUUACGAUGAGAUAAAGGAAGAAGACGAAGUGAGUAUCGAAAAUCGACUUGAGGACAUAUGGACUCUCUUACAGGAGCAAGUGCAAGUCCUAAAAGAGACAAUAAAUAAUAAGACUUUUAGAUAA